AUCGUCUUUUUUAUCCAUGACAUUUUUAUAGGUUAUGUACUUAGGAGGGUAUUUUAAUGAACCGCCUUUUUAUUGUUCAGCGGUCAUUAGAGAUUAGGUAUAAAUGAGUAGUGGGUUAAAUCGUAUUUACUAAUUAUUUAAAUGGUGGAACGCUGAGUAUUGAGCAGUGAAUUUUGGAAUCAGAUCAGCUUGUUGCGUUGCCGCGUUGGCAUUACAUACUUGUCUCGCUAGGAUUCUUCAUACGGUUUUAUUACCUCGAAACAGAACUACAUAUAUCGAUUCCGCUGCGUCCGGAAAACAAUCUGUUGAUUUGACGGCUUUUCUAUCCUUUUCAGGGAUGGAGAAUUCAGAUGAAUCGAUCUUAAAAAAAAACGAUGUGACUGAUAGUACAAGUUCAUCAAGUUACUUUGAAGACUGUAAAGAUCUAGGUGUUUAUAGUUUGGAAAAUACUCGAGUCUCCAAACGCAGUCGUUAUUUGUAUCCUGAUACCAAGGUAAUAUGGCCUAUGGGUUAUGGCUUGAAUACUUAUGUGUACAAACGUAAGCAAAAAAAAUGUCAAAUGAAUAAUGAUGAUUUUGAUACAUUACCAGAAGAAAUAGUAUUAAAGAUAUUUAAAAUGGUGGACAAGCGCACAUUACUAAAAUGUGCUCUUGUAUGCCAUCAAUGGCGACGUAUUGCAUAUGAUGAAUCUUUAUGGCAGUAUUUAAACAUUCCUUCUCGUCGUAUGAGCAUUUCGACUUUAGAUAAUCUUCUUGCCCGUAAUAUUAAAUACUUUUCUGCUUCUCAUUCAAAUUUCUAUAUUUUUGCAAACCAGUGUUUAUGUAAAACACCAUUUCCCAAAUUACAGUACUUGGAUUUGAGCUCUGUAUUUAUGCAUUAUAAUACUCUACGUUCAUUAUUAAGGCAAUGUACUAAUCUGAUAAAACUGAGUUUGGAAAACUGUUCAGUAGAUUCUAUAUGUUGCCAGUACAUUGGACUCAAUACCAAUUUAAAAGUACUUAACUUAGCUUCAACAGUUGGUCUUGACCGCAAUGGCUUGGAACACAUAGUGACUCUCCAAAAAUUGGAAGAAUUGAAUGUGUCUUGGGCUAAAUUGGAAGAUGACAACUUACAUUAUCUAAUGGCCAAUAUGAUACCAAAUAUAAAAUGCCUUAAUAUUAGUGGAUUUUUGAAACAAUUAGCAGACUUUGAUUUGACAAGGUUGAGUAGCCGUUGCAUGAAACUAAUUGAAUUGGAUAUUAGUGAUAGCCUUGCUAUAACUGCAAGUAGUUUGGACAAAAUCUUAGAGAAUAAUCAUGAAUUAAAAGUGUUGUCCAUGAAUCGCUGUUACAAUAUCGAUACUCCUAGACUUUUAAAUCUAACGGAAAUUUCCAGAAGGAGGAGAAAUUCUAUUAUGAGUUUGAGUGAAGUAAAUUUUAUCGGCAUAACACCCAGACGAAUAUUGGAGGAUAUAGCUAAUAACCCAGAUGUGAUUUUAAAAAUAAAUAAAAGUGUGUUUUCUGGUAUUGGUCGUCCAAAACUGGCUCAAAAUAAACACACCAUUUGGGAAAUUCCUGCUUUCAUAGACUGUUAAUACUAUACUCUAGGUAUGACUAAUGUUCCAUUGCCAAUAUACUGUGAUUUAAGUUAUAGACUAUUAGAAUAGAG